AUGGGGCGAGCGAGCAGAGAAGUGAAGAGGGGAGAGUGUGUUUCCGUACCGGAGCGGAUGGGGCGGAGAGGGACACCGAGAGGCUGGAACCUCCCGGCCUCGAAGGCGGCGGAGGGGCGCGAAGACCGGGGCGGGGCGCGGUCGGGCGCCAGGGCGGGGCGCGAAGGCCGGGGCAGGGCGCGGCCGGGCAGGCCGGGGCGUCGCGCGGUCGGGUGCCGGGGCGGGGCGCGGUCGGGCGCCGGGGCAGGGGAGAGGGGCGGGGCGCGGCGCAGGGGAGCUGGGCGGCGGCGCUGCGAGCAGGGGAGAGGGCGGCGGCGCUCCGGGCAGGGGAGGUGGGCGGCGGCGGCGGCGCUGUGGGCAGGGGAGGGAGGCGCUACGGGUAGGAGAUGGGGCGGCGCUGUGGAGAGAGGAGGGAGGCGCUGA